GCUAUCAAAGUCCAAAUUACCGGUAAGGGAAAAUGCAAAUGGAUGGAAAUAAUGCGCAAAAGUUCGAACAAUGAAACCUCAACACGUAGUUUAUUCUAUUCCAGUAAAGAAAUUUAUGCACACAGCGAAAGCCCGCUGGCUGCGUUUGAGCCGCGAGGUGUUGAGUUAAAUCCUGGUGAACACACUUUUGACUUUUCCAUGCCUUUAGAAUGGAAUCUACCAUCCAGCUUUAAAGGCAGUUAUGGUUCCAUAAAGUAUAAACUGCGUGUACUCAUACAGCGUCCAUGGACUUUCGAUGAACGUCAUAUCAUUCCCAUUAAAGUGGUGAAGCAUAUGCCCUUGCAUGCAACAUAUCGUGCCAAUCCUACAUCCUUAGAAAAGCAAAUAACGAAAACGAUUAGUUUAUUUGGUACACGUCCAAUAACAAUGGUAGCAUUGUUGCCGGAAGACUUUGCAGUACGCGGUGAACCAAUGCGUAUAUGUGUUACCGUUACCAACAAUAGCACAACCAAUGUCGAAAAGUUGCGUUUCUCAGUGUUGCAAUACAUUUGGUACUACAGCCAUGUGCCUUUACGCAUACAGAAAACUGAAUGUGUUAGCAUAUUAUGUAAAGAAACAGGAGCUGUGCAAAAAAAGAGUGAACGGUCAUUUGCUCAUGAACUACUUCUGCCAAUUACAGCACAACCAUCAGAUGAUCAAUUUAGCGGUGUCAUAAAUAUAUCCUAUGAGCUACGCGUUGAAGCUGUUUUACGUGGUUUCUUUAAGAAUUUAGUGCUUAAUUUGCCAUUUAAAAUGUACUCAUAUGUUGAAGGUAAUGGUGUAACUAUGUCAAUACCUCCACCACCACGUCCUCCACCGACAUAUGCAACAAAUGAAAACAAUUCCACUGCUGCUAAUAAUAUGAGCAAUUCAUUUGACUCUGCCACAUCAGCGUUUGCAGCGUAUCCCAUGUUAGAUACAUUAAUAGGAUCACCAACGCAUUCAGCACAAUUUAGCGAAUCCAGUUCAAUUAAUUCUACGACAUCUGAUUCUUCUGCGGCAACAUUAAGUCCAGCUGUCGGUGGUGCAGCUUUAUCAUAUACUUCAGGCUCAUCUUCCCAGUUCAAUAGCCCAACUACUCGUAACAGUUUUCGUAGUUCGAAUGUGCCGUAUAUGCCAUAUUCGAGUAGUCCACGUAUGGUUAGUUCCUAUCCUCCACCACAUUUCUCAGCAUACGCACUGCCAGAUUCACCACAAUAUUCACCUUUGCCAUCAACAUCUUAUCUGCGAGGACGAGAGCCACCAGGAGCACACGAACAAC